AUGAGUCUUGAACAACCUCGACAGAUAUCCUUUAAUGUAUCGGAUCAUUAUCAAAUAUUGGAAGUUGUUGGAGAAGGAGCAUAUGGUAUAGUAUGUUCAGCAAUUCAUAAACCAACACAACAAAAAGUUGCUAUUAAAAAAAUUGAACCGUUUGAAAGAUCGAUGUUAUGUUUAAGAACAUUACGUGAAUUAAAGCUAUUAAAACACUUUAAUCAUGAAAAUAUUAUAUCCGUUUUAGCCAUUCAAAGACCAAUUAAUUAUUUAAACUUUAAUGAAAUUUACCUAAUUCAAGAAUUAAUGGAAACGGAUUUACAUAGAGUUAUAAGAACUCAAAAAUUAAGUGAUGAUCAUAUUCAAUAUUUCAUUUAUCAAACUUUAAGAGCUUUAAAAUCAAUGCAUAGUGCAAACGUAUUACAUCGUGACUUAAAACCUUCAAAUUUAUUAUUAAACUCAAAUUGUGAUUUAAAAAUUUGCGAUUUUGGUUUGGCUAGAUCAAUUGCUCUGCUGGAAGAUAACUUUGGAUUCAUGACGGAAUACGUUGCUACAAGAUGGUACAGAGCUCCAGAAAUUAUGUUAACGUUCCAAGAAUAUACCACCGCCAUUGAUGUUUGGUCAGUUGGUUGUAUCUUGGCAGAAAUGUUAACCGGAAGACCUUUAUUCCCCGGUAGAGAUUAUCAUAAUCAAUUAUGGUUAAUUAUGGAAGUCUUAGGAACUCCAAAUAUGGAAGAUUAUUAUAAUAUUAAACUGAAAAGAGCAAGAGAGUAUAUUAGAAGUUUACCCUUUUGUAAAAAAAUCCCUUUCCAAACCUUAUUUAAUGAUAUGAUGUCAAACUCAAAUACUAAUUAUGAUCCAAUAAAUCCUUUGGCAAUUGAUUUAUUAGAAAAAUUAUUAACUUUUAAUCCAACUAAAAGAAUCACCGUAGAUAAUGCUUUAAAUCAUCCUUAUCUUAAAUUAUACCAUGAUCCAGAUGAUGAACCAAUCAGCGAUAAAAUCCCAGAAGAUUUCUUCGACUUUGAUAAAAGAAAAGAUGAAUUAAGUAUAGAAGAAUUGAAAAAAUUAUUAUACGAUGAAAUAAUGAAACCUUUAUAG